CAAUGAGACGGGCGAAUAGAACAGAAACACAAACAAAGAAACCGCCGCUGCUUCUACUUCUUGUUGUUAUUGUUGUUGUUUGUUGUUUGUUGUUGUCAGCUGAGAGACAGACGCAUGGAGGAUGAGAAAGAAGUGCUGGACAGACAAACUGUCCUGAAUGAAGCUAAUGAAGAGUUUAAGAACAAACAUUACGAACGCGCUGAGGAGCUGUACACAGAGUUCAUCAACAUCUGCAUGACAUCUGGACAAUGCUCCAGUACUGACCUCGCCAUAGCCUACAAUAACCGCGGCCAGGUGAAGUACUUUCGGGUUGAUUUUUAUGAAGCCAUGGAUGAUUAUAGCGCAGCUAUUAAAGUCAGUAAACACCUUGAAGUGCCUUAUUACAACCGGGGAUUAAUACUCUACAGACUGGGUUUCUUUAAAGACGCCGAGGUUGAUUUUAAGAAAGCGCUGGAAAUAAAUGCCGACUUCGAAGACGCCAAACUGAGCUUGCGUCAGACGAUCCUGGAUUCUGAAGAAAAAAUAAAGCGAGGUUAUUGAUGAUGUUAUAUAUUCUUCAUCAUGUUUAUGGCUUUAAUUUAAACUUUAAUUAAAACUAAUUAAAAAAAGUGUGUGUUGUCAGAACAGAAGUUUUGUCUCCUUCAACCUGAUGUAAAUUACUUAUCAGUUAUGAAAUUGUUGGUGGAACAAAAUGUAAUAAAAUCCUGUGAUAUUUUCGA